CGGUGUGUGGGGGGUGGUGGGGCAUAAACCGGCUCUGACGCGACCACCCAAUUGGGACUUUUCUUUUGAAAGUGGGUUUCCGUUUAACGGUUCUUCCUGCUGCCUUCAGUAUCUCAACCCUCUUAGUGUCCGCAAGGCUGCGGCGCUGAGCACAGAUACACAGCGUUAGUGUGUUUAUCCGCUCUGUAAUGUAGAACAACCUGCCUACUGACACGGCAUUCAGAGUGAACAUACGAGCAGUGACCAUCAGCAGACCAGCCUGAUUUAUUUCAGUAUGAAUGAGCCAGAAGGGCUGCGAUUCCGGAGGCUAAACAGACCUCAGAUAAUAACAGACGAGACCCAUGAACCCCAAUACAAAGGCACGAGCACGUACAGUGGAAAGGUGUUCAGAGUUACUUUGCUCGCACUGGGUGGAUUCCUGCUGUUCCCGCUGCUGGUAGUCGUUUUUCUUCUGGAGUCCCCGAUUCAGCCGGAGGCGUUCAGCCUCAACGAGCCGCCCUUCAUGACUGGCUGCUUUGAACCCAACCUAAAGCUGAGACAGGCGGAGAGACUGUUCGAGGAUCAGCUCGUUGGGCCUGAAUCCAUUGCCAAUAUUGGAGAUGUUCUAUACACCGGUACUGCGGAUGGAAAGAUAGUGAAAAUUGAUGGAAGGAAAACGAGUGUUUUGGCAACUCUUGGCAAGCCACCAUGUGGGUCUCGCGAGCAGGAGCAUGUUUGUGGACGGCCUCUUGGAAUCAGAGUGGGUCCCAAUGGCACCUUGUUUGUAGCCGACGCCUACUUGGGGCUGUUUGAGGUGAAUCCUGUCACAGGUGAGUCAACCCUUCUGGUCAGCACUCGGAAGAUGGUCGGGGGUCGGCGUUUAUCCUUCGUCAACGACCUGGAUGUGACUCAGGAUGGGAAGAAGGUGUACUUCACUGACUCUAGCAGCAGGUGGCAGCGUAGAGACUACCUGAGCCUCAUCAUGGAGGCUACAGCAGAUGGACGGGUUCUGGAGUAUGACACGGAGACCAAAGAGGUUACUGUUAUGAUGGAGAACUUGCGCUUCCCUAAUGGAAUCCAGUUGUUUCCUGAUGAAGAGUCUGUUCUUGUUGCUGAAACAACAAUGGCAAGAAUAAGAAGGGUUCACGUGGCCGGACUCAAUAAAGGAGGCAUGGAUACUUUCAUAGACAAUCUCCCUGGUUUUCCAGACAACAUCCGACGCAGCUCCUCAGGGGGUUACUGGGUGGUCAUGUCAGCCGUGCGGCCUAAUCCCGGUUUCUCCAUGCUCGAUUUCCUGUCCCAAAGGCCUUGGAUUAAGAAGCUCCUAUUUAAGCUCUUCAGCCAGGACAUGAUGAUGAAGUUUGUGCCUCGCUACAGUCUGGUGGUGGAACUACAGGACGGAGGAACGUGUGUGCGGAGCUUCCACGAUCCCCAUGGCAUGGUGGCCGCCCAUAUUAGCGAGGCCCACGAGCACAAUGGCCAUCUCUACCUGGGCUCCUUCCGUUCACCCUACCUGUGUAAGCUGGACCUCAGCAAAGUGUAAAACAGCCCUCCUGCUCGGCGGAAUAAGGGGCCACUGAGGCAUUUCUUGGGGCUGCUUUUCCUUUGUCAUUUCACGCCUCCUCCAGAAAAGAAGCAAUUAACACUUCUGGCACAUUAACUGGAGCCACAGCGACCGAUCCCAUAUCUUCCCAUCCAACAACCCCAAAUCCCUCAGACACACUGACAGAUAUGAUACUGUUACUGUGUAAUUUUUUUGGCUCUUACAUAUGCUUGAACUUUGAUUCUCCUCUGCCAUGUGGGUGUGACUUCACAUUUAAUUGUCCCUUUUUACAUCUUGUGGUGUGUCAUCAGCACAUCUGAAGAAUAUGCUAGGUUGCUUUAUUUAAGAGUUGCCAUUUCUAUUUUAGUUUUCCUCCCUGUGAGAGAAAGUGCACAUGGAGCACAUCCUCAUUUGUUUUAUUUGCACUGAAGAACUGUCAUCUAGCCCUUAAAAUAGAGCUGCUAUUUUCCUUCUACAAACUGUGACAGAAAUAUCAAAGCAGGUGAUGACUUGUGAAGUUUGUGACUUCUAGUUGCAGUGCCAAAAUGUUGCUUGGGACACAAACACUUUUACAGAUUUACCUCUCCCAGUACUAUCCCCCAGCCUGGUCUAAUACAUUUCAAAUUAGUUUUUUAUAAUUACAUUUGCAAUGUUUUUUUUUUUUUUCUUUGAUAAUUUGUGUCAUAUUUUGUGUGUUGCACAGUUUGUUAAUUAGCUGAUCUUCUUUAGACCUUGCAUUAACCCGGUGUUUCAAGUGUGGUGAUACUUUAGCUGGAUUCCAUUUAUACCUUUCACUAAAAUGCAUCCCCAGUCUGACCAGAGGAGAUCCAAUUUCACCUUCCUGACUAAAAAGCACAUAUGUUAUUUACAGUAACUUUCUGUAAACAUUUGGUCAUUUGUUGGAUGCCUUCAUCAGCCCAGAGUGCAAGACGACACUUGGUUACAAGAUGACUCCAGCUUUGUGUAUCCUCCAUUUUGCUUUUCCUUGUUUAGCCUCUCACCUGGUGGUCAAGAUACCUCUUAAGAUGCAUCUCUGACCACAUCAGAAUGUGGUACAAGUGAUCCACUCGUAAUCUGAUCACAAUGUGUCCUGGUUUCCGUAACAUCUAGCUUUUUAUGCAGUCAAGUGAAAACCGAACAUGAUCUGAUCACCGGAAAUUCAUGUUGAUGCAAGGUGUAAACAGCCUCCCUGAGCUUCCGUUAGCCACGACAGUUUUCCUCUGGAAAGGGUAUUAAUAAGUAGCAAUAAUCUCCUGGCUGCUUACGCCAGUUAGUGAAUCUGUGGCACAUCUGUCAUGCACAUUUCAAGGCAGAGACGGUGUAGUUUGAUCAAGGAAAAAAAAUUAAAUUAACAAAUUUGUUCAUAUGAACAAAUACAAACUCUCACUAGUACAGAUGGGUAUUUCUAGAUACAUCAGAAUUGGAAUAUUAAAAAAUUCUUAAUACAUCAUGAUUUUUGUCCAUCUUCACAAGUAGUGUUAGUUUAAUUUGAACAUAGCCUUGCUAAGUCUACUGCUAAGUCUGCUGCCCCACGUCCUUACAUUUCACUAUCAAAUGGGUUUAAACUAAAAGAAAAAAACAUAAAAUAUGUUUCUUUUUGUUCUUUAUGUCACACUGCACACAAUAUAACCAACAGCGUUUAUUUUUCAUCAGAAAAGUUUGGAUCCGUUGACAUUUUUCAAUAAAAAAAAGCAUUUUUUUGUAUACAGGUGUAUGCAUACAUUUGAAUACACCUGCCCAAAUGACAUCUUUUGUUGAUGUUCUAAGUGUAGAAAAAAUCUUUUACAGGAUACAAAUUAAAAUUUUCUGCUAAUUUUAGUGAACAAUUUCUAUUUAUUUGCUGGAUAUACACUGUAGAAAAUGUUUUUUUUUGGUUCAGACUAAGAUAAUGACUUCUUGUGGUAACAAGUAAAUUAGUUUUAUUCAGCCUAAAUAAAUAUUCUGGAUGAACCAUUGUUUUGAUUUAAGUAUUUAAUUAAGUUAGUUCUUUAUUUAAAGUUUGGAACAUAUUUUACUAUACUGGAAAAAAAAUAAAACAACUUAAAUUAAAUGUGCCUUUAGUACA